AAUAUUGUAAUAAAAAACAAGACAAUAAUAAUAAAAAUAAGAUAGUUUAAAUUUUAAUUAGUUUUAAAAAAUUAAUAACUGAAAAUGGACCAUGAAGAAGAAUUUUUAAAUAAUUUUUUUACACACGUAACUCAAUUGUGCUUCGAAAAAGCCAAAGAAUCAGUGGAAAAAGAGCGAGAAUCAUGUAAAUCAACUCAAAUGGGACCAUGGGGAAUGUUGUUAAUGCACCUGCCUCAAAUUGUUUUAGCAGAAAGAUCAUAUGUUGAUCUAGGAUUUUUACAUACAAAAAACAAAGGCUUCCUACGAAAAGAUAAUUCAUUGAAAACAAUUUAUGAAAUUUUAAAAGGAGAUCUUAAGAGAGUUGAAGAUAUGACAAGAGGAACAAAUUCUAGUGGUGCAUCAGUAGCUGAAGCUUCUAGUCAACUUUGCCAAUUUAUCACUGCUCGCAUUCAGCUUAUUGAUUUCUAUGAGAAAAUGUAUAACAUGAGUAUUGGAAAUAAGGCAAUGAAACAUCAAGAAAUUUUGAAAAUCAUUGAAGGAAUUAUUGAAAUGCAUUUGCUAUCAUGCUCUCAUUUAGCGUUAACUGCUAUAAAAACUACUCUUACAUUAGAAUGUGAAAUAUUAUAUCAAUUAACAAAAGCUCAAGUAGAAGUACAAAACUGGCGAUUUUUACCUACAUUAAUGGCACUUUAUGGUGCUCAAACUCGAAUGUCUGCCUGGGAGAGGACUUUACAAAGUAAAGAGUCAUGGAAAUUAGGUUUUGGAGCUCCAUUUCGGAAAGCGAAUCAGCAACCAGCACUGUACCAGUGGCUUGUGAAAUUACGUAGUGCUAUUUUAGCAAAAUGUUCUUUAUAUUUUCAUACGACAUUGAGUCAACAAACAAGUCCUGGAGAAAUGAGAAAUAUCAUGAGCAAACAAAAUCUUGAUUAUUAUCACAAGAUACAGAGCUUUCAACGAAAGUGGGAUUUAUCUGCUGUACUGAUUAUUUUUGAUGCAAGAGGUACUGAAAAUUCAGGUCCUGGAUAUCGACAUCCUGAUCGAGAAUCCAAUCAUACUGAGGACUUCCCAAUAGUUAUAAGUUGUCCAAAUGCAUUAGCUCAAAAACCAACGAUCUAUUGGGAUAACAUUAGACAAGAAAUAAAAGAACGUCAAGCAGAACUAAUGCAAAUGGAUAAAAUUUCCUAUAUUAAAAAUAUAAAAGAUGCACAAUCUACUUUAUUAACAUAUGUAUUAACAAAUAUAGAUGCAAAAAUGACAUUAGUGAUUGCUUAUGAAAGUGGAAAACAGAAAGAUAAAGAUUCCCAUAUUGUUACUUUUAUGACUGAUUUAUGUACUCAGCUCAAAUGUAAUAAAAUUUAUGAAAGUUUAAAAUUAUCAAAAUAAUAUGAAAACAAA